ACAAUUGUUGACUGCAGCUUCCUGGUUGGCCUGCAGGUGUGCUCGAUAAACAACCAGCAUAUACUACAUGAGUGGGGCUACCCUGUGAAUCAUGACAAUUAGAGUAGACUCCACCCGUACAGACACUCGCAUCAUCAAAACACGCGCUCACAAUUUUUUUUCCAAGAAGUCGCGCGGAGUUUAGAAUUUGUACACAGAGCUGUGGCGGGAGACAGAGGACAGAGCAAGGCAGCUGUCGGGUCUUAUUAUUUGAGCUGUGACAAAACAAGAGGAGCAACACGAAACUAGUAUUGAUGAUAAAGGGUUCUACGAUGGACGACUUCGGAGUUUAUGCGGUCUUCGGAGUUAACGGGCCUCCUCAGAGGCUGCUGAGUGCUGAAGGUUCAUGUCGAGUGGCUGUUGCGGUUCCCCCUAGUGUCCGCCAGGUGGUGCUGUUCAGCAGCGGGCCAUGGGAGCAGAGACUGUGUGUCAACGCAGAGCUCAACGACACUGACAGGAUGCCCAUCACUAUUGGAAAGCUCACCCCAUAUAACAAGUGCCUGUCAUGGGAGCGGUGGGAAGAGGAGACAUGGACAGACAGUGUUAUACUGAAUGUCACUCUGGAAGGAGGAAACCUGGUAAAUUCUGAUUGGUCAGAGCCAGAGCUCAUCCUGGCUGUGACAGAGUACACACCAAAGGAUACCAUGGCUCCCCUCACAGCCCGGGAGCUCAACGGUAAGAGGAAGAGAGAGCAACCUUCAGAGGACGAAGGUGACAUGUUGAAGAUGACCAAGAGAGGGGAAGAAGAGAACCUGUGUCCAAAUGGGGGCGUGGUGGAGAAGACAACACCUGUGCGAAAGGGAAAAGGUCAAAUCAAGGGUGGGCAGAAGCUUUUCACUGGUGGAGGAGAUGCAGCUAAACUCAAGGGAACAGGAGAGGCGCAGGGGAUUGUGGGAAGAACGCCUCCUCAGAGUGCAGCCAGGACGAAGAGUAGGCAGGCCAAGACUCCCACACAGACUGCCCCGUUGGUCACCCCGUCAGGUCGCUGGGGCCAGACUCUGUGUCCUAUUGAUGCUCAGACAGCUAUUCUGAUUGGAGGCCAGGGAGCCAGGAUGCAGUUCUGCAAAGAUCCCAUGUGGAAGCUUUGCACAGAGGAUGUGUCCUGGGUUGCAGCUGAGACUUUGGCAGAGGGUCCAACACCAGAAGCCAGAAUCGGACACACAUCUAUCUACGACCCUGACUCCAGGCGAAUCUUUGUGUUUGGAGGCUCCAAGAACAAGAAGUGGUUCAAUGACGUUCACAUUCUUGACACACAGAGCUGGAAGUGGACGAUGGUGGAGGCUCAAGGGAAGGUUCCUCCUCUGGCGUACCACAGCUGCAGCAUGUUUCGAGGUGAGCUGUUUGUCCUGGGAGGGGUAUUUCCUUGCCCUAACCCUGAGCCUGACGGCUGCAGUGACUCUCUGUAUAUCUUUGACCCCAACCUCUCCAUCUGGUACCAACCUAUCGUAACUGGAGACAAACCUUCUCCCCGCUCAGGUCACUCUGCAUGUGUUAUGCAGGAGAGGAAGAUCUAUGUCUUUGGUGGAUGGGAUACUCCUGUCUGCUACAAUGACAUGUACAUGUUGGACCUUGGUCUGAUGGAGUUUUCUGCUGUUAAAACAACUGGGAAAGCACCUUCUCCACGAAGUUGGCACGGGAGUGCUGUGCUCUCAGAGACAAAGUUCCUGAUCCACGGAGGUUAUAACGGAAACAACGCCCUCAGUGACACCUUCAUCUUUGAUACAGACACCAACAGCUGGACCAAGGUGACACUCCCUCAGCUCUCUGUCCCCAGGGCGGGGCAUUCCAUCAUCACCAUGGACACAGACGCUCACCACUUCAUCUUAGAGGAGAGUAAAAAUGUGAAUAAGAACCCAGGAUCCGUCAGCAGAACCUUACUGGUGUUCGGAGGUGGAGACAAUGAGGGCAACUUCUACUCCGACCUCACGACUGUCGCUGUGGAGGAAUUGCUCGCUGCUAUUUAAAGAGAGUGAGUCAGAGGUGAAUCCUCACUCCCUGUCAGCAUGUGAAGCUGUUUGAACACCCCCACAGACUUUUUAGUAUUUAUAUUCCUACAAUGUGUCGUGGUUUGCUUUUGUUGGCUCUUUUUUUCCCUCUUAUGUAAACUAUGAAAAUGGACUGUGGCAGUAGGAGCACGUAGGAAGAACAAUUUGACAACUUGAGCAUUUUUUUCAAAGACCUCACAAUUCAUCUACCACUUUCAUGUACCACAAAUCUGGAAUGAGAGAGCCUUUUUUUGGGUAUGCAUAAAAGAAGAAUGAUAAGAAUGAUCCUGUUUUAAGAAAUGUAAUACUUUUGAUAUUUUAGUCAUAAGGGCCAUUACUUAAUUCUUCAUGUACAUAGCUUUUGACAUGUUUCCUCAGGUAAAAUAUAUACUUCUUUUUGGCUUGUUUUUACUCAUGAAUACUUUGGGUUCCUGAAUUCCUGUUAGUUGCAGUUUAUAAUUGUGUUACCUGAGUUUUCAUAUACUCAAAAUCAUCGGUUGUGUUUGUUUUCAUCAUCACCUCCAAUGUUUUGUAUGUACUGUAAAAAAAAUCUCCAAUAAUGUUCCUUGCUUUUCUAUUUUA